AGACGAAGACCUCGACGAAGAGAUAACUCUGUCAUGUCCUCUCACUCUUUCACGGUCGAUAACAAAGCCGCUCAAAAGAAGAAAGUGAAUGAUGAUAUUGAAAUGGCUUUGGGGAUUGUAACUUCCUUGUCUGAAAAUCGACCUGAAAUUAGCGAAAUUUCAAGAAUAACAGAUAAAUUUAAAGAAUCAAGUGUUUGGAAAGAAGUUGAAAGUUCCUUAAACUAUUUUAAAAGUAUUACUAACCCAGAAGAUACAAAUGCUUUGAGUCUGGUUGCUUUCAUUAAUGAAGGAAAGCUAAGGCAGUUUUGUUAUAAUAUAAUCUUACUUGGAUCAUACAUAGAUGACAGACAGUGCUUUGAUGUUGACAAGCGAAUUCAGAACCUCCAAAAAUAUAUUAAAGAUGCUGUUCUGUGGAUACGAGAUGAGAAGCCAGUUGCAAAACCUUGUAAACUUAUUCAAAGUAAUAUUUAUGAACUAGAAAAUAUUCUUAGUUCAUGGAAAGAUGCAUCAAUUUUUCUGGAGUCUGAAGUUAUAAUUCAAAAUAAGCAUAAAUUUAUGCUUAUGCGACAAGAGCCACUUUUACUUUUAAGAACUGAGUCUGAAACAUGUAGGAUUCAGCAAUCUUACUCUGUUUGUGUAACUAAUCUGUCUCAAAAAUUGUUAUCUCUGUCAGUUAAAAUUGGUUCACUACAACCUUGCUCUACAAUUAACCAGCUUUGUAACUUAUUUUUAGAUAUAAACUCAGAAAUAACACCACUGCUAGAAGUUGUAAAUGGUUUUUAUAAAUGGAGCUUGGCCACAAAUUUUGUUGACUACAAGUAUAUUGCAUUUGCGACAUUAAUAGAUUGGUGCUCACAUGUUAUUACACUUCAUCAAGAAAGGAGCAUAUUUCUUAAUCAAACCCUUUCACAGCUAGUAUUUAUGUUGGAAUCCAUGCGUGAUAUCCUCCCAAAGGAAUGCAUCACUGUGGUAAAUACCUUUGAACAUGAUAAGGCUCGUAUUCUUGAUGGAGUUGUAUCUGUAAGAAGUGUUUUGCUUCAUGCUACUAAUAUAAAAGAAUUUCAGAAUGAUUUUGUACCUAAUUGUUAUCAAGUCUAUGUUCAAUUUCUUGAGAAUUGUAUGAAAUUAAGAGCUCCUAGUCAGGAUUCAUGGUUAACCACUGGCAUGCUUAAUGUUGAUAGUAAUUCUAUUAAAGUCUUGAAAAAUUUACUUUUUAACUUGAAUUGGGAAUUACGAAGAGAUUUUCUUAUGGCCAAGAAGAGAUUUUGUUCUAUUUAUAUUUCAGAUCCUAGUCUAAGCUUUGAUGUUGUUUUGUUGUGUAGAAAAUCUAUUGAAAACCUGCAAAAUGUUUCUUCACUGCCACAAAUCAAUAUAAAUGCAUGGACUCAAGAUACUAUUGCAAAGGCUAAUUUUCUAUUUAAUGCUUGCUCUGAUCUUUAUGAUUGCUUAGUAUUGCUAACUAAAGGAUAUGCUAGUUCAAUAUUUUCUAGGGACCUUUCAUUAUUUUUUGAAAGUCUUUAUUCCAAGGAACAAGUGAAUUUGCUUCCUAUUAUUCAGGAUUUGCUUAAGGAUGUAAAGCAUAUUUUGGAAGAGGAGAUGGUUUUGCAGUCACAGAGACAAAUUCAAAGCCGCGAUCAUUCUAAUAACAUGCAAUCAUUUGACAUUGACUUUUUUGUUCUACUGAAUUUGGAAAAAUUUAGCUCUACUGAUGAUAUUAAAGUUGCCCUGCAUUUCAUUAUUAUUGAUGACAGUGCACAAGGCAGUCAGGCUGAGUUUAUUACAACUGAGAGAAAACAUAAUUGUGCUGUUAUGACAUCAAAAGUUACAUUUGAUGAAAAAUAUUUAGGAAGAAAGCUUUAUUACAAGUAUUUUAUAUUUUCUACUGGUGUCAAUCUGGAAGAGUUGCUGUAUAUUCGUCAAGCUGUUUUUAGUGAUUGCAGUAAAUGCUGUAGGGCACGUAUUCUUCCUACUCGAGAUGAGUUAUUGGAAAACUCGUACUGUAUAUAUGAUCCAAUUAUUUAUCCUCAGGAAGUAAAGGGAACACUGGAAAAAUUUGUUUCUGUUAUGUUUUUGUUUGAUACUACAGCCUUUAAGGAACCUGAUAGAAAAAAGGAAGUUGAGCUUUGUUUUAGAUUAUAUCUAGGAGAUUAUGUGACACAAAAACAUCUUCCUCCUGAUGAGAUUGUGACUAUGUAUUUAAAGCUUUCAAGAGUAUACAAGUCCCUGAAGUAUUCUAUAAAAGUAAACACUGGGGAUGUUAGAAAUCAGGUCAUGGUUUUGAACCCUUCUGGAAAAACUUUUGAAAUGGUUCUUAUUGAGGAAAUAAAGAAAGUUUUAAAUAACCGAAAUUCUCAAUGCAUUCUUCAGUAUAUUGUUUUGUGCCACUUUUUGGUUUGCCUUAUUAAUGAUUCCCACUUGCUGUCAGGAGAUUUUAUUGAUAGUGUAUUGUCGUCAUUACAAGUGGCAUAUGAAAGUGAAAAUAAUAUUAGAAAAUGUUUUCAAUUUGAAAUAAUUCAAGAGUUCCAACACUUGGAUUUAAUGAAAAAGCUAUUGAAAGACAUCUUCUUGGCAGUAAAAAAUUAUUUUGAGUCAUCUAAACCUGAUAUUUUAUCAUCAGUAUACUUCAUAAAAGCAUUGCCAUUGUAUUAUUGGUUUGUUGAUCCCCACCCUACAAAACCUUUUACUGAACUGGAUGUGAAGCCAGAUGUUAUCAUAGAUUUGAUAGAGACUUCCAAGUGUCUUUGCCCACAAAAAAUAUGGAGAAUGCAAGACGUUUUAAGAGAUUUAGAUUUGAUACAUUUGAAAGGAGAUGCUAAACUCCAAGCUAUUUUAUUUGUUAUUUGUCCUCCUUCACAGUAUUCUGUUUUAUUGAGCUAUGUUUCACUACCAGUAAUCUUUGUUGGAGUUAGUUUGCAUAUUGCAAGCACAAAUCAAUUUGACAAAAAAGCCCUUGAAGCAUUUGAAAAGCUUUUGCCAAAUGUGAAGAGGUAA